CGAAGUAUUUCCGAACAGUAACAAGGCACUCAUCACUCUACGAGAACAAUGAACUGGAGGCGACCCGAGGAAUAAUUACAACGAUAUAGAAUUUGCCUUCAACGGAAUCCGGUAUUUGAUCAGUGCCCGAAGCCAAGCGAGUAGACCAAACUCAGGGUUACUUUGGCCUAUCUGGAACUAGCAAUGGAGCUUUCAACCAGUAUUCAAGAGAAUCAAGUUCAACCAACCAUGAGCAACACGAUCCCUUCCGGAGAUUACAUGAUUGUCAAUGUCGGGUAUCCAAACCGAUAUGUCUGCAUGUCAGAAAAUAAGGACUUCGCUGGUCAUGACGUCGGUCAAACCAUCAAAGUCGAUAUCAAGGACGAAAAUCAGUGUCUUGCGACUUUCUAUGAUACUGCGACAGAGUUGUACCUUGGGGUCGACCAGACGGAUGCCAAAGUCAAAGGCUACACCGAUCCCCAGGUGUUCCAAUUGUACAAUGCCAGGGACGGCAGUUUUGAGAUCCGUGUACCGAAUGGAGACAAGAUGUGGGUUCUCGAAGACGGCGGAGACUGGACCCCGAUCACUGUUCAGGCAACUGCUGGCUCGGACGGGGAGUACUGGAGGUUCGUGAUGGGGACCCCGGAAUAGGUGUUCCAAAAAUGCAAGGAGGCCUAAGUGGUUGCCAGAGAAUGCUUGUAUGAUUAGCUCGUGAUCGUGACGCAUGU